ACUUUUCGCUCAAAAUAGGUUAAGACAUUCAAACGGCGCUUCUCUUCACUCUUGGCUGAUCAUUCUCUCCCAAGACACGGUUGCUCAGUUUGCCAGAGUUGAUGCAUUUCUUCGCAAUAUAUUCUGUGCUCUCUGGAUUAAACUAUAGACGACAAGCAACACUCUUGUCACGUCUCUAGGUGUAAGAUUUGGCUCUUUCAAAGCGAAAAUGCUGUGGAAAUUAGCCGAUAACGUGAAGUAUGAGGAAGACUGCGAGCAGGAGAGGCAUGACGGCAGUAGCAAUGGAAACCCACGGUUGCCGCACCUUCCUGCUGUCAGUCAGCACCUCUACAGCCCGGCACCUUCUCUCUCGCACCCGACCGGCUCCGAUUUUCAACCGCCGUAUUUCCCUCCUCCAUACCAGCCACUACCGUACACGCAGUCCAGUGACCCAUACUCUCACCUUAGCGACCCAUUUAACAUCAAUUCAAUACAUCAGUCCCCAACGUCCAAUCAGCAACAGCCGUGGCCGGGCCGUCAAAACCAGGAUGGAAUCGGAUCACACGCCAGAAGCGGACUCGCUGGUCAGAUUCUGGGUUUAGAAGGUGGUUCAUCCGGUGUGCGAAGAGAUAGCUUUAGGAGGCCGGAGUUGUUGCCUCCGCAUGUCCAUGGAAUCGACUCAGCAAUAGGCGAGAACAUGGGACUGCACGAAAUGGGCCAAGGACUGGAUGAUGUCCAACAUGUGGAGGACCACAGCAUAGUAAUUGCCGACCAGACAGUGAUCAAAAAAGGGCCUGUCACCCUCCCCAAAGGCAACCCCAUGGGUCUGCCCUUCCAGAAGGAGUCCCUGCUGGGUAUGGUGUCCAAUCCUGCCGAAGUCUUCUGUUCGGUCCCUGGGCGCCUCUCUCUUCUUAGUUCCACCUCCAAAUACAAAGUGACUGUAGCCGAGGUGCAAAGACGCUUGUCCCCACCUGAGUGUCUCAAUGCCUCGCUGCUCGGAGGAGUGCUGCGCAGGGCUAAGUCAAAAAAUGGUGGAAGAUCCCUCAGGGAGAAAUUGGAUAAGAUUGGACUGAAUUUGCCGGCAGGUCGCAGGAAAGCAGCUAAUGUCACUUUGCUGACAGCACUAGUAGAAGGUGAGGCUGUACACCUGGCUCGAGACUUUGGUUAUGUCUGUGAGACGGAGUUUCCUGCCAAGGCAGUUGCUGAGUACCUUGGACGACCACACAUAGAACGCAAUGAAAUCAACUCUCGCAAGAACAUGCUUCUAGCCGCCAAGCAAAUCUGUAAGGAGUUCACGGACCUGCUGACUCAGGAUCGCUCGCCGCUGGGCAACUCGCGGCCGGCGCCCAUCCUGGAGCCUGGAAUCCAGGGCUGCCUGACCCACUUCAGCCUCAUCACGCAUGGCUUCGGCUCACCAGCCAUUUGUGCUGCUAUGACCUCGCUGCAGAACUACCUCAACGAGGCUCUGAAGCAGGUGGACAAAAUGUACCUGAGCACUGCCUCAGACUCCUCGCAAGGCACCUCAGAUGGAGGUGGCAAAGCCACAGACAAGAUGGACAAGCACAGGAAGUGAGGCAGCCGGGUGACACCGGGGCCCCUCGAGACCUGUAGGGGACCCUCGUGCCCCCAUGGACUAAACUGGACUUCAUCACCAGCUUGUCAUCGUGCUUGUUGUUAAGGGUUCAGUUUGACUGCUCAUUCAUCUGCUUACAGCCACUGGGCACAGCUCGAUGGCCCUUCCUUCGUGUCUUGGUGUUCCAGAAAUUGGUCCUCCACACAGAC